AUGGGUGGUCAAGGAAGAGAAGGCGGCAAAGCCAAACCCCUCAAGGCGGCCAAGAAGGAGAAGAAGGAAUUAGAUGAAGAAGAUCUUGCCUUCAAGGAGAGACAACGAGCAGAGGCCAAGGCUAAGAAAGACCUCAUGGACAAGGCUAAAGGGAAAGGUCCUUUGAACACCGGCGCUCAAGGCAUCAAGAAAUCCGGAAAGAAGUAA